AUGGCUAUAAUUGACAUCGUCAGCAAUUUCAGGUACACCCUGGGUUAUUUGGAGACAAUCAGACUCGAGUUUUUGGUUUUGUGGAGGGCUGAUGGAUAUAAAGAUAGAGGAUGUUUUAACAUGCAAUGCUCGGAAUUCGUGCAAGUCCACCUGGAACACUCUUUUAGAGAGCCGCUUACAAAAGGAACCUACGGAAAAGACCAAGUUGGGUUUGAUUUUUCUGUGCGUCGGGACCCUAAAUUUGGUAACUGGUGGUUUAUAGAUGGAAGAAACAAUGCAAAGAUAGGAUAUUGGCCGAUAGAAAUUUUUACUCACUUAAAUAACGCAGCUUCUGUGAUUGCAUAUGGAGGGACUGCAGGAUCAGAUCCUGGUAAACCCUAUAUGUCGAUGGGAUGUGGGCAUUUGCCAGAUUUUGAUUCUAGAAUUACAUCUUGUAUGCUGCAGAUGAAAGUUGCUGACAACAAGGGUAACUUUGAGGACUUUGAUCGGAGGGUGGUGCAAAUAAUACGCAAUACAAAACCUAGUUGUUACGAUAUCAUUUUUCCGGGUAAUCAUUUUCUCAGUGGUUUGAUGAUGUUAUUUGGAGGACCAGGAGGUGGUGAUUGUCACUGA